AUGAAGACCUUUAAAUAUAUAUGGGUUAUCUAUUUCAUUGGUGUAGUACUUGUUGUGGUAAAUGCCGAAGACAGUGAAUUGACAAAAUUAAUGAAAGAACAUGAGAUUAUACCCGAUGUCCUGGAUGAGGCCCCCAUGCAGUUUUUAAAGGUCACCUAUGUUGAUGACGUAUCGGCUGAUAGAGGCAUAGAAUUGACUCCCACUCAAGUAAAGGACCCACCGAAUGUCGAAUGGGAGCCAGAGACAGAUGACACAUACUAUACUUUGUUGUUGACAAAUCCUGAUGUUCCAUCUCGUGAAAAUCCUGCCUGGCGUGAUUGGGUUCAUUGGCUAGUGGUCAAUAUUCCUGGUAAUCAAAUAGAUAAUGGGGAGGUUUUAGAUGAUUAUAUUGGUGCUGGUGGCCGACCAGGUACCGGUUUACAUCGCUAUAUCAUAUUACUAUUUAAACAACCCGGCAAAUUGGAAUUUGAUGAACAACGUCAUGGUAAAACCGAAGCUGCUGGUCGUGAAAAUUUAUACACUAGACAAUUUAUGGAAAAAUAUCAAUUGGGCACUCCAGUGGCCGGUAAUGUUUUCCUAUCGCAAUACGAUGAUUAUGUACCUAUUCUAUACAAACAAUUGGAUAUUCCAAUGAAAUGGUCGUGA